UUCUUGAUGCCAGCAGAUUUAUCUAGCUCCUCGGUCCUCAGUCGACAAAAUCGUCACCCCAAGAGACAUGGAAACAAAGACGUUUAAAAAGAAAUGCCAAUCUCAAUGAAAAUAAAGUAUCGCAUUUUCAUAUUUGCACCAAUCUCCCUUGCAUUUCAUGAAAAUAAAUUGUGAACAACAAUCUAUGAAAGCUGAGGGACAACAUGCUUGAUCCUUGAGGAUUCUUCAUCUGUUUUCUGUGAUAAUAAGCACAUGGAUUUCUGGUCAUUAAAAUCAACUGACCACUUCAGCUACCUGCCAGGAUCCUGCAUUCUAACUUCCAACCAUUUUUAUCUGCAAGAAAAUGGAUCUACACCCAGCUUUAAAAGCACAGAUGAAUUAAUCAGAAGUUUAGAGAACAAAGAAGAACAAAAGAAAUCUUAGUAAAAGAGAAUUAGAAAACCAAUUACAGUGAAGCAAGACUGACAUUUCUAUUUCAUUUCUGCAAGUGAAUGUAAUUGCCACCCUGUAAAGUUAGAAAAAAUGAACAGCACUUGUAUUGAAGACCAGCAUGACCUGGAUCAUUAUUUGUUUCCAAUUGUUUACAUAUUUGUGGUAAUAGUCAGCAUCCCAGCCAACAUUGGGUCUCUCUGUGUGUCUUUGCUGCAAGCUAAGAAGAAAAAUGAACUAGGGAUUUACCUCUUCAGUUUGUCACUGUCAGACUUGCUGUAUGCAUUAACACUUCCCCUGUGGAUUGAUUACACUUGGAAUAAAGACAACUGGACUUUCUCUCCUGCCUUGUGCAAAGGGAGUACUUUCUUCAUGUUCAUGAACUUCUACAGCAGCACAGCAUUUCUCACCUGUAUCGCUGUGGACCGGUAUCUAGCUGUGGUCCACCCUUUGAAGUUUUCCUUCCUAAGGACAAGAAAGUUUGCCUUCAUGGUCAGCCUCUCUGUGUGGCUAUUGGAGACCAUCAUCAAUAGUGUCACUUUGUGGGAAGAAGACAUAGCUACAGAACAUUGCCCCAGAAAGACUUCUUUUACUUUAUGCUAUGACAAAUACCCUUUGGAGAAGUGGCAGGUCAGGCAUAACUUGAUCAGGACGUGUACAGGCUAUGCCAUCCCUUUGGUCAUCAUUGUGAUUUGCAACCAGAAGGUCUACCGAGCUGUGUGGCAUAAUCAAGCCACAGAAAACCAGGAGAAGAAGAGAAUCAUAAAGCUACUGUUCAGUAUCACAGUGACUUUUGUCUUGUGCUUCACUCCUUUUCAUGUGAUGCUGCUGAUUCGCAGCAUUUUAGAAAAUGAUGUAAGUUUUACCCAACAGUUUUUAGAACAGAACUCAUCUGGGGAGCAGACUUAUAAAAUAUAUAGGAUCACGGUGGCAUUAACAAGUUUAAAUUGUGUUGCUGAUCCAAUUCUCUACUGUUUUAUAACUGAAACAGGAAGAUCUGAUAUGUGGAAUUUAUUAAAAUUAUGUACUGGGAAGCUUAAUAAGUCUCAAAGGCAAAGUAAAAAAAUGUGUUCUAUGUCUACAAAAGAUACUGUGGAAUUAGAAAUCCUGGAAUAAAAUUUAGGAAUUUUUUGAUGGGUACAUAACAUUAUAUUUUCACAACUGUGCUUUGUAAACACUUCUCGUGUGGGACUUCUCAUGUGGGAGGAAACUGAGGGCUCCAAGUAUGAGAAUAUUUUUAUCUUCUCCAAUGGAACUAUCUAAAAGUACCCUGUACAGCUCCCUGACUUUUAUUAAAUGGAUAUUAAAUGAAAGUUAAUAUUUUCUUAGUGGCUUGUAGUCAUUA